AUGGGGGAGCAGAGAACAGAAACAGGAUGGCAGCAGGACGUUGUAAGCGAGGACAGUUGCGGGAUAGAUUGUAUCCAGCCUGAGGAGGGAGUCUCAUCUCAUCUACAUGCACAGGUCCGUACAGAAAAAAUGGAAAUGGAUAACAUAAGGGAGCUGACAACAGACACGGAACGGCCACAGGGUCAAAGCGAGGAAAGUUGCGGGGUAAACUGUAUCCAGUCUGAGGAGGGAGUCUCAUCACAUGGACAUGCAAAGGUCUGUACGGAACAGAUAAAAAUGGACAACAUGGGGGAGCUGACAACAGACAUAGGACAGCAGCAGGACGUUCUAAGCGAGGAAAGUUGCGGGACAUAUUGUACCCAGUCUGAGGAGGGAGACUCAUCUCAUCUACAUGCACAGGUCCGUACAGAACAAAUGGAAAUGGAUGACAUAAGGGAGCUGCCAACAGACACGGAACGGCCACAGGGUCUAAGCGAGGAAACGUUCGGUGUAAACUGUGCCGAAACUGACGAAGAAGUCUUACCACAGACAGCUGUACAGAGCCAUACAGUACAGUGGGCACGCAAACGCAACUUAGACCAACACGUCAUAGUAAAACACACCGGUGAGAAACCCUACAUGCGUGGCCAGUGCGGAUACAAGACAGCUAUUAGGUCCCACUUAUCCCGGCACUUAAACACACAUCCAGGCGAAAAACAGUACAAGUGUGACCAGUGUGAUUAUUCUGCCGUCGAAAAAGGAAAUGGUAUUUAG